GCCCUGGAGGAAUGGAUGGUGGCCGAAGGGCGGAGCAGGGGCGGGGCCCGCGGAGACUCCAAGGGGCGUCCCGGGCGUGAGGCACCCACUCUGGAAGCACAGAGAGCUCAGGUAGUUUGGCUAGAUGGCCGCGCGCACCCUGAGCCGAGGCGUCGGGAGGCUGCUGGGCAGCCUGCGAGGGCUCUCGGGGCAGCCCGCGCGGCCGCCGCGCAGGGCGGCCUCGGGACCCACGGGCAGCGCCCCUGCAGUUGCAGCAGCAGCACAGCCCGGCUCGUACCCUGCGCUGAGUGCACAGGCAGCCCGGGAGCCGGCCGCCUUCUGGGGGUCUCUGGCGCGGGACACUCUCGUGUGGGACACCCCCUAUCACACCGUCUGGGACUGCGACUUCAGCACUGGCAAGAUCGGCUGGUUCCUGGGAGGCCAGUUAAAUGUCUCUGUCAACUGCUUGGACCAGCAUGUUCAGAAGUCCCCCGAGAGUGUUGCUUUGAUCUGGGAGCGGGAUGAGCCUGGAACGGAAGUGAGGAUCACCUACAGGGAACUGCUGGAGACCACGUGCCGCCUGGCCAACACGCUGAAGACGCAUGGAGUCCACCGUGGGGACCGUGUUGCCAUCUACAUGCCCGUGUCCCCAUUGGCUGUGGCAGCAAUGCUGGCCUGUGCCAGGAUCGGAGCUGUCCACACAGUCAUCUUUGCUGGCUUCAGUGCGGAGUCCUUGGCUGGGAGGAUCAAUGACGCCAAGUGCAAGGUGGUUAUCACCUUCAACCAAGGACUCCGGGGUGGGCGCGUGGUGGAGCUGAAGAAAAUAGUGGAUGAGGCUGUGAAGCACUGCCCCACCGUGCAGCAUGUCCUGGUGGCUCACAGGACAGACAGCAAGGUCCACAUGGGGGAUCUGGACGUCCCGCUGGAGCAGGAAAUGGCCAAGGAGGACCCUGUGUGCGCCCCAGAGAGCAUGGGCAGUGAGGACAUGCUCUUCAUGCUGUACACCUCAGGGAGCACCGGAAUGCCCAAGGGCAUCGUCCAUACCCAGGCAGGCUACCUGCUGUAUGCCGCCCUGACCCACAAGCUUGUGUUUGACCACCAGCCAGGUGACAUCUUCGGCUGUGUGGCUGACAUCGGCUGGAUUACAGGACACAGCUACGUGGUGUAUGGGCCUCUCUGCAAUGGUGCCACCAGUGUCCUUUUUGAAAGCACCCCAGUUUAUCCCGAUGCUGGUCGGUACUGGGAGACAGUAGAGAGGUUGAAGAUCAAUCAGUUCUAUGGCGCCCCAACGGCUGUCCGGCUGUUGCUGAAAUACGGUGAUGCCUGGGUGAAGAAGUACGAUCGCUCCUCCCUGCGGACCCUGGGGUCAGUGGGAGAGCCCAUCAACUGUGAGGCCUGGGAGUGGCUUCACAGGGUGGUGGGGGACAGCAGGUGCACGCUGGUGGACACCUGGUGGCAGACAGAAACAGGUGGCAUCUGCAUCGCACCACGGCCCUCGGAAGAAGGGGCGGAAAUCCUCCCGGCCAUGGCGAUGAGGCCCUUCUUUGGCAUCAUCCCCGUCCUCAUGGAUGAGAAGGGCAGCGUCGUGGAGGGCAGCAACGUCUCCGGGGCCCUGUGCAUCUCCCAGGCCUGGCCGGGCAUGGCCAGGACCAUCUAUGGUGACCACCAGCGAUUUGUGGAUGCCUACUUCAAGGCCUACCCAGGCUAUUACUUCACUGGAGACGGGGCUUACCGAACUGAGGGCGGCUAUUACCAGAUCACAGGGCGGAUGGAUGAUGUCAUCAACAUCAGUGGCCACCGGCUGGGGACCGCAGAGAUCGAGGACGCCAUCGCCGACCACCCUGAAGUGCCGGAAAGUGCUGUCAUUGGCUACCCCCACGACAUCAAAGGAGAAGCUGCCUUUGCCUUCAUUGUGUUGAAAGAUAGUGUGGGUGACUCAGAUGUGGUGGUGCAGGAGCUCAAGUCCAUGGUGGCCACCAAGAUCGCCAAAUAUGCUGUGCCUGAUGAGAUCCUGGUGGUGAAACGUCUUCCGAAAACCAGGUCUGGGAAGGUCAUGCGGCGGCUCCUGAGGAAGAUCGUCACUAGUGAGGCCCAGGAGCUGGGGGACACUACCACCUUGGAGGACCCCAGCAUCAUCACGGAGAUCCUGAGUGCCUACCAGAAGUGCAAGGACAAGCAGGCUGCCGCUAACUCCUUUAGCGGCAGAGUUUUCCGAGUGACCUUCUUGAUGCUGGCUGUUUCUCUCACCGUUCCCCUGCUUGGAGCCAUGAUGCUACUGGAAUCUCCUAUAGAUCCACAGCCUUUCAGCUUCAAAGAACCCCCGCUCUUGCUUGGCGUUCUGCAUCCAAAUACGAAGUUGCGACAGGCAGAAAGGCUGUUUGAAAAUCAACUUAUUGGACCGGAGUCCAUAGCACAUAUUGGGGACGUGAUGUUUACUGGGACAGCAGAUGGCCGGGUCGUAAAACUUGAAAAUGGUGAAAUAGAGACCAUUGCCCGGUUUGGUUCGGGCCCUUGCAAAACCCGAGAUGAUGAGCCUGUGUGUGGGAGACCCCUGGGUAUCCGUGCAGGGCCCAAUGGGACUCUCUUUGUGGCUGAUGCAUACAAGGGACUAUUUGAAGUAAACCCCUGGAAACGUGAAGUGAAACUGCUGCUGUCCUCCGAGACACCCAUUGAGGGGAAGAAAAUGUCCUUUGUGAAUGAUCUUACGGUCACUCAGGAUGGGAGGAAGAUUUAUUUCACCGAUUCUAGCAGCAAAUGGCAAAGACGAGACUACCUGCUUCUGGUGAUGGAGGGCACAGAUGAUGGGCGCCUGCUGGAGUACGAUACUGUGACCAGGGAAGUAAAAGUUUUAUUGGACCAGCUGCGGUUCCCGAAUGGAGUCCAGCUGUCUCCUGCAGAAGACUUUGUCUUGGUGGCAGAAACAACGAUGGCCAGGAUACGAAGAGUCUACGUUUCUGGCCUAAUGAAGGGCGGGGCUGAUCUGUUUGUGGAGAACAUGCCUGGAUUUCCAGACAACAUCCGGCCCAGCAGCUCUGGGGGGUACUGGGUUGGCAUGUCGACCAUCCGCCCUAACCCUGGGUUUUCCAUGCUGGAUUUCUUAUCUGAGAGACCCUGGAUUAAAAGGAUGAUUUUUAAGCUCUUUAGUCAAGAGACGGUGAUGAAGUUUGUGCCACGGUACAGCCUCGUCCUAGAACUCAGCGACAGCGGUGCCUUCCGGAGAAGCCUGCAUGAUCCCGACGGGCUGGUGGCCACCUACAUCAGCGAGGUGCACGAGCACGAUGGGCACCUGUACCUGGGCUCUUUCAGGUCACCCUUCCUCUGCAGACUCAGCCUCCAGGCUGUUUAGCCCUCCCGGAUAGCUGCUCCUGCCACUCAGGCCAGGAGUCUUCACACUCAGGCACCAGGCCUGGUCCAGGAGGAGCUGUGGACACAGUCGUGGUUCAAGUGUCCACAUGCACCUGUCAGUCCCUGAGGGGUGGUGGGCAUGGCUGCUUCAUCCCUCGAGGAUGCCCGGGCCCCACCUGGGCUCAUCUUUCUGUUUAGAGGGAAGCAUAACAUAUCUGCCAUGAGGAACAUAAAUUCAUGUAAAGCCAUUUUCUCUUAAAAAAAACAAAACAAAGCUUUCUAAGUACAAUCAUUCUCUAGGACUUGGGAAGCUCCUUGCACUUGGAACAGGCUCAGGCGGGUGCAGCAGUAAUGCACUACUCAGAGAGCUUGCUGCUGCAGCCCUGUCCUGUGGCCUCAAAGUCCUUCUUUACUAUUGUAUAAUAUGUGGUCAUACCUUUGUUGGGAUGGGGAUGGAAGAGCAGAGGGAGCAUGGCCCGAGGGUGUUGAGGCCAGCGGUGAGAGCCGUGUAAGCCAAGACAUGGAACUGUGUUCUCAAGGGUUGUGUGGGACGUGGGCUCUCCAUAGUGUGUAUGAAAAGCGUGUUGACUCCAGCAGCUCAGAGAGGACUUGGCUAGGUUCUUUCUGUGAAUAUCUCCGCACUGACCAUGCUGGAAUUGGAUGAUUCUGCAAUUCGGUACCUACUGCAGGGGUCCGUUUAGUAAUGUCUGUGACCUUCGUUCUUGACCUCUAGACCCCAAGAUGUGAACAGUGCACGUGUUAAUGUCAUCUUUGCUCCUGUGUUAUAAGCUCCAAGUUGCUGUAUAUUUUCACAAGUAUGUCUACACACUGGUCAUGAUUUUGAUAAUAAAUAAUGAUAAAUCGAUUUCUGCUGAUUAACCUUU